AACUUGACGGCUUUGUAUUGAGAAAGCUUCCCAAUUUGCCUGAAAAAUCUCAGUAAAGAGUUAAUUUCAGACUUGGAGAGUUGGAGUGGACGAUGAUGGCAAUGAAGAGAAGAGCGGCUUCAUUAGGUACCGCUGCUGCUGCUAAUUGUACUACUCUUGCUUCAUUUCUCUCUGCAUUCCGAAGCCCUAAACCCCAAUUAGCUUUCUGUUCAGCUAUAGCAACUAGUAGUGAUAAAAUUAGAAAUCAUCAGCACCAAAUUGGGACGUCUUCUGGUAAUGUUUUGCAAUUUCUUUCUGGGUUGAAGGGUAGGAUUGAUAGUAUUGACAGUCUUGAUGAUGCUCUAAGCUUAUACCAGCAGCUGGUCCGGAUGAGGCCUCUGCCCUGUGUUUUUUAUUUCAAUCGACUGGUGGACCGCAUUGUUAAGAUGAAGAAGCAUUAUUCAUCUGCUGUCUCAGUUUUCAGAGAUAUGUACGUCAGGGGCAUUCCUCUUAGUGACUACACCCUCAAUGUUGUGAUUAAUUGUUACAGCCUCUUGGGUCGAGUGGAUUUGGGAUUUUCUGUAUUGGGUGUCUUCUUCAAGCGUGGUAUUCUGCCCGACAUAGUCACCUUUAAUACUCUACUUAAAGGACUCUUUCGGGAACAUAAGGUUCCCCAAGCACAAGAAUUUUUUAAGAAAAUAAUAUUCGAAAAGCUUUGCGAGCCCGAUGAAGUUACGUUUCUGAUUGUGAUAGAUGGGCUCUGUAAGGUGGGCAACACUCAAAAGGCUGUUGAAUUCCUAAGAGUCAUGGAAAAAAGAAGAAGAUGUAAGCCCAAUGUUAAUGUGUACAAUACUAUCAUUGACAGCUUUUGCAAAGAUAAAAUGGUCGGUGAAGCUCUUGCCCUUUUGCAGGAGAUGAUUGAAAAGGGCAUUUCCCCAGAUGUUGUCACUUAUAAUUGUUUGAUUGGUGGUCAAUGCAAUUUAAAUAGAUGGAAAGACGUUACAAAGCUCUUUUCUGAGAUGAAAGAUUACAAAAUUACUCCCGAUAUUGUUACUUUCAAUAUAGUGGUGGAUGCACUGUGUAAGGAAGGGCAUAUUGAAGUUGCUGAAGAGGUAGUCGGCAUCAUGAUUAGGCAAGGUCACAAUCCCAAUCUGGUCACAUACAGUUCCUUAAUGGAUGGAUACUGUUUAAAGCGCCGAAUAGAUGAAGCAAGGAGGGUCUUUGAAGCCAUGGUUAUUAGCGGCCUUACCCCUAACCUCCAUAGCUAUGGUAUUCUGAUAAAUGGCUAUUUCAAGCACAAGAAAGUGGAAGCAGCCAUGAAUAUCUUUCGUGAGAUUCAGCAUAAAGGUUUAACACCUAAUAUUGUUGUUUAUAACACUGUCUUGCAGGGGUUAUAUAGUGUAGGAAGCUAUCUUGGUGCAAGAGAAGUUUUCGAUGAGAUGCAAACUGCUGGCAUAAAGCCUAAUUUUUACACUUUCUGUGUAAUGUUGGAUGGAUUAUGCAAGACUGGACAUGUCAACGAAGCAUUGCAGUUAUUCCAUUCAAUGGAAGCUGAUGGAAUCGAUCAUCAUAUAGGCAUGUACAGUAUCAUCCUUGAUGGUUUGUGCAAAAGUGGGAGGCUAGAUAGUGCUCGUGAUCUUUUUGACAAUCUCUAUGAUAAAGGAUUGGAUCCUAAUGUCCCAACAUACACCACAAUGAUUGCUGGCCUGCUUUCACAAGGCCUGCUCACCGAAGCUAAAGAGCUUUUUGGAAAAAUGGAAGAAAAUGGUUGCCUGGCAGAUAGCGUUACAUACAAUGUUAUUCUGCAAAAACUCCUUAAAGGAGGCCAUUAUGAUGAUGCAAUAGUCUACUAUGAAGAAAUGGUUCGUAGAGGUUUCUUGCUAGAUGCAUCUACUUUUUCCAUUUUACUUGAUUCAUCUACUGAAAAAGAGAAAAAUCCUUCUCUACUUAUGUUGAUGCUGAAGAUUGGUCCUGAUAGCAAGAAGUUUAUUGAUGGGGGAUAAAGAGGACCUUCACAUUGGUUGCAACUUUUGGUCCUACUGGUUUUUGGCCCCUAAACUUUAACUAACAUUAUUUAGGUUUGCUUUUGAUUCUGUUUUAACUUAUCAUCUUUAUGGAAUAUAAGAAGUGUUGCAGCUGAGCCUCGAGUAGCUCUCUUGGUCAUAUUUUGUGAAAUGCCUCAAAGUUCUUCAGUCCAGGUGGAAGAAGCUGCGGUCUUUAAGGGAAGUUCAAUUUAUAACUGUACUGGUGCAGCAGUUCACAGAAGCCUGCUGGUGUUAAUUGGAUAUGUACAGCUUCUUCAGAGAGACUUCUUGCUUAACCUUUCUUAGAGAACUUCAGCGUAGAAUAUCACAUAAAAGAGCAGGAGGGAGGUGAAAGUUUGUAUGGGAUGUGAAGAUUUCUUGUCAGAUAAGGCUGCAUUGAAACAAUCAAUUAGGUUCAAGUCAUCUUCCAAAACGACACACAUGUUUCCAAACAAAUUCAAUGGAUUUGAUUCAUUCUCUAAGAAGCCAAAGAGAAGGUACCUACUCCUAGGCGGGGCCUAAUGCCCUAGUUAUAUUAGGCAGAGGACUUGGACAGACAAUUUAGACAGGAUCUUAAAGGUGUGGUUGGCUUUUCUGGAGUUAGGAGGGUUUUUGAUCUUGAGGUUAGUACUAUGAACAGUCAAGUCUUCAAAGCAAUUGUAAAAGACAUGGAUAUUUCAAAAGUUAUAGCUGUAUUGUUUUCAUUAAUCGCAAUUGUCAAAUACCAUAAAAACUACCACCUUUCUGAAUAAUUAUUUGAAAUUUCGUCAAAUCAGUUGUACUAAUGAUCAUGACAUACUUGUAGAAGACAAUUUGCAUGAAUAAAUCAAUAGAAAAUAGUAUUCAAACGUCAUAACGUGCAAAAGAUGAAUACGUUGUCGUAACAAUACAGUCAACUCUGCAAGAGAGUAAAAAGAAAUAGUAUUGGUAAAUAUUGUAAAACUUCCUAUUGCACUGUUUUAUUAUCAAUACGAUCAAAUCUUUCACAUAAAAAAGUGAGAAUUGUUUAUUGCUACGGUUAAAAAUUUUUGUGCGGUAGAUACAGGAUAUAGUUGGUAUACUACUUUCUACCUUUGGGUGCAACUGUCAGGCAAAUGUGCUAUAUGCAGGGGAAGGAGAAGAAAGUCCCAUGACUUAUUUUGCAGAAGAAAACCCCUUGUCCUCAAGGAUUGGAAGGGUACUUAUUGAACUGAAGGGAAAAAAAAAAA